AUGCCAUACAAAUCCCGCUGGCAGAUCAACGUCCCCAACACCCACCUCGCCUCCCUCCUCCUCACCUCCCCCACAGCACCACUCUCCCAAACAAAACGAUGCUACCUCGAAGCCGCCCGCCCAGACACCCACUACUUCACGCCCCAUGAUUUCCGCCUCUGGAGCCAACGCUUCGCCGCAGGCCUGCGCAAAGCCGGCCUCAAACCGGGCGAUCGCGUCCUCCUCUUCUCGGGGAACGACCUCUUCUUCCCCGUCGUGUUCAUGGGCAUCAUCAUGGCGGGCGGUAUCUUCACCGGCGCAAAUCCAACCUACGUCGCUCGCGAAUUGGCCUUCCAGCUGCAAGAUAGCGGGGCGACGUUCCUCAUCUGCGCGGCUGUGAGUCUCGACACGGGCAUUGAAGCUGCGCAGAUGGCGGGUCUGGCGCGGGAGAAGGUCUUUGUGUUUGAUAAUGCGAUUUACGAUGGUCGCGGAGAGGGGCAGAAGGGGUGUCCGUAUUGGGGGCAGUUGGUAGCGUCGGCCGAGGAGGGACGGGGCUUCGCGUGGGAUGUGCUGGAUACGCCUGCCCUGGCGGAUACAACGCUUGCACUCAACUAUUCAUCCGGCACGACUGGACGGCCCAAGGGCGUGGAGAUCACGCAUAAGAAUUACGUGGCGAAUAUGUUGCAGUACACGUACAUGGGCACUUUACAGCCGGAUUAUAUCGAACGACGAGCUCGAGCUCGCUGGCUUUGCUUCUUGCCCAUGUACCAUGCCAUGGCGCAGAAUAUCUUUAUUGCGGCUGCGUUGCAUCGCGAGACUCCCGUUUAUAUCAUGCCCAAGUUUGACUUUAUCCAGAUGCUGGAGUAUACGCAGAAGUUCCGGAUAACGGAUUUCAUCCUUGUGCCGCCAGUGGUGGUUGCGCUGGCUAAGCAUCCUGCGGUGAAGAAUUAUGAUCUGAGCAGUGUGGAGGCUGUGGGAAGUGGUGCAGCGCCGUUGGGGAGGGAGGUUUGUGUUGAGGUGGAGAAGUUGUGGCCAGAGGGGAAGAUCAAUAUCAAGCAGGGAUGGGGGAUGACGGAAGCAACCUGUUCCAUCCUAGGAUGGGACCCAAGAGAGAAGAGUUUCUCUGCCUCUGUCGGCGAGCUCAACGCCAACUGUGAGGCCAAGAUUGUAGCUGAGGAUGGGGUUACCGAGAUCCUGGAACGCAACAAGCGGGGCGAACUAUGGGUGCGCGCACAGAAUGUCAUGAAGGGAUACUGGCAGAACCCAAAGGCAACCAAGGAGACUAAGACCGAGGACGGAUGGCUUCGGACUGGAGAUAUUGCCUAUGUGGAUGACCGGGGCAAGUUCCAUGUCGUGGAUCGGAUGAAGGAAUUGAUCAAGGUCAAGGGCAACCAGGUGGCCCCUGCAGAAUUGGAAGCGCUGCUCCUCGAGCAUCCGGCAGUGGCAGACGUAGCUGUCAUCGGUGUCACAGUCAAUAAUGACGAACGUCCCCGUGCAUAUAUCGUCCUCAAACCCGGUCAGUCUGCCAGCGCCGACGAUAUAACCCAAUUCAUGGCCGGCAAAGUCUCCGCAACCAAGCGGAUCACCGGUGGGGUGAUUUUCCGUGACGUGAUCCCGAAGAACCCCUCCGGCAAGAUCCUGCGUAAAGCGCUGCGCGACCAGGCGGCGGUGGAGCUGAAGCAGGAGGGUGCCACGGCUAAAUUGUAG